AUGUCGUGGGAGCUGUGGGAUCAGGCUUUUGUCCAGAAUAUCGUGGUAUCGAUUUUCGCCAUCGUCGUCUACGUCUUCAUGUGCUGGAAAGCCUCCCAAAAAUGGGGAUGGUCAACGGGGCUGUCGAAGACGCAGCGAUUGCUCUACAUCCAAGCAUUUGUCAUCUGCUCCACCCACGUAAUCGCCUCGUGGGGCUACAUGUUGCUGAACAUCAUCCCAACAUUCCCCCUCGUCCUCAUCAUGGUCGGCCAUCACGCGUGGCAGUGGAGUCAUGGUGUCCCCGGCGUCGUCUACCUGGCCCUGAACCGCUCGAUCAAGCAACAAGUAGCCGGCUGGUUUGGCCUACACUUGGGAAAUCGCACCUACUCUCUCAAUACCACCGACCACGACCGUACCGAAACCAGCCAACAGAAGCAG